CCCGCGUAGUUGACAAUUUCCAUGAUUUUUCUAAUUCUUUCCUAAUUUAUCCACAGUUUUUUUAAUUCUUUUUGAGAAGAAAAUAAUUGUGGGGAUGGAGAAUCCACCGGAGUGGGGCGACAGCGGAAGAGGGAGGAGGGUGGUGGUGAUUGGUGGCGGAGUGGCUGGUUCCUUUAUUGCAAAGUCUCUUCAAUUUGAUGCAGAUUUAACUCUUAUUGAUCCGAAGGACUAUUUCGAGAUACCAUGGGUGAGUUUAAGAGCAACGGUAGAGCCUUCUUUCGCGGAGAGAUCAUUGAUCCACCACAAAGAUUACCUCGCCAAUGGGCGUCUCAUAGUGUCUGAAGUAACUAAUAUCACCAACAAAGAAGUCUUGACUGCAGAUGGACACCAAGUUAUCUAUGACUAUCUCGUGGUAGCCACCGGUCACUAUGAUCCCCUACCUGUAACGAGAAUGGACAGAUUGGAAGAAUAUCAAACAGAGAAUGAAAAGAUAAAAGCAGCUGAUUCUAUAUUGAUUGUUGGUGGUGGUCCUACUGGUGUUGAACUUGCAGCAGAAAUCGCUGUCGAUUUUCCUCAGAAGAAGGUAACUUUGGUGCACAAUGGAUCCAGAUUACUAGAGUUCAUCGGACCAAAAGCGUCUGACAAGAUUUUAGAAUGGUUAAAAAACAAGAAUGUGGAAGUGAAAUUGAUGCAAUCUGUCGAUAUGAGUAAUAACACAAACAACUCGGAUGGAAACAGAACAUAUUUCACCUCGUCUGGGGAAACUAUCAGAGCGGAUUGCCAUUUUCUUUGCACGGGAAAGCUACCAGGUUCAGAGUGGUUAAGGGAAACGUAUUUGAAAGAUCGAAUCGAUAAUUUUGGAAGAUUGAAGGUUGAUGAGAAUCUUAGAGUCAAGGGUCAUAGAAACAUAUUUGCUGUUGGAGAUAUAACUGAUAUUAAGGAACUUAAACAAGGAUAUUCGGCUCAAAAACAUGCUCUAGUAGCCACGAAGAACUUGAAACUUUUGAUGAGCGGAGGAAAAGAAAGCAAACUUGCAGCAUACGAGCCUCGAUCAUCACCUAAGAUUAUUGUCUCAUUAGGGAGACAAGAUGCAGUGGCUCAAUUUUCAUUCACGACGAUCAUUGGAUUAGUCCCUGGGAUGAUGAAGUCUAAGGAUUUAUAUGUUGGGAAAACGAGGAAGAAAAUGGGGCUUCAACCUAAGUAAUAAUAUUGUUUCAUUCAUGAAAUUUAAGAUUAUUUUGAGUGUAAGAAAAUGGUGUCAUUUCAUGGCCAAAAUUUGAGCUCUUCUACUUACAUUUUGUAGAAGAAUGUGCAUAGGAGUUCAAUUUUUCUGAAUAGGUGUGCUAUAAAUAUUUUUUAGUUGUUGUA